AUGGCCUGCUCCUUGGUCCAGUUCUGCUACUUCCAGGACCUCCAGGCCGCCCGGGACUUCCUCUUUCCUCACCUGCGGGAGGAGACAUCCAGCGGCGCAGCGCGGAGGGACCCCAGUAAAUCAACAAACUGGGAAGAUGAUGGCUGGGGAGCAUGGGAAGAAACAGAAUCCCAAGAACCUGAAGAAGGAGGAACCACUUGCAAAACACAAAAAACUCCCUGGCUUCAAAAUUGUGUUUUAUCUUUAUCUCCAACCAAUGAUCUUAUGGUUAUAGCUCGAAAGCAAAAAGCUGUGUUUCUAGUGCCAAAAUGGAAACAUAAUGAUAAAGGAAAGGAAGAAAUGCAAUUUGCUGUUGGUUGGAGUGGUUCUUUAAAUGUUGAAGAAGGGGAAUGUGUAACCAGUGCUCUGUGUAUCCCACUGGCAAGCCAAAAGAGGAGUUCCACUGGACGACCUGAUUGGACCUGCAUUGUAGUGGGCUUUACUUCCGGUUAUGUACGCUUCUACACUGAGAAUGGUGUGCUCUUGCUUGCACAACUUUUGAAUGAGGACUCAGUGCUACAGCUCAAAUGCAGGACCUAUGAAAUCCCACGGCAUCCUGGUGUGACUGAGCAGAAUGAAGAAUUGAGUAUUUUAUAUCCAGCUGCCAUUGUGACUAUUGAUGGAUUUAGCCUUUUUCAGUCUCUUCGUGCCUGUCGAAAUCAGGUAGCAAAAGCUGCAGCAUCUGGCAAUGAGAACAUACAACCACCGCCAUUAGCUUAUAAGAAGUGGGGUCUACAAGAUAUUGGCACUAUUAUUGAUCAUGCUAGUGUUGGUAUUAUGACUCUGUCCCCUUUUGAUCAAAUGAAGACUGCCUCCAAUAUAGGUGGAUUUAAUGCAGCAAUAAAAAACAGCCCACCUGCCAUGUCCCAGUAUAUCACUGUAGGGUCCAAUCCAUAUACAGGCUUCUUCUACGCCUUAGAGGGAAGCACACAACCAUUACUAUCUCAUGUUGCAUUGGCAGUUGCAAGUAAACUCACCUCUGCCUUAUUUAAUGCUGCCAGUGGUUGGCUUGGUUGGAAAAGUAAGCAUGAAGAGGAAGCUGUCCAGAAGCAAAAACCAAAGGUUGAACCAGCUACCCCACUAGCUGUAAGGUUUGGACUCCCUGACUCUAGACGCCAUGGUGAGAGCAUAUGUCUGUCUCCAUGUAGUACACUGGCAGCAGCAACAGAUGAUUUUGGCAGAGUCAUUUUGUUGGAUGUAGCAAGAGGAAUUGCAGUACGCAUGUGGAAAGGGUACCGGGAUGCACAGAUUGGAUGGAUCCAAAUUGUAGAGGACCUCCAUGAAAGAAUACCAGAAAAGGUGGAUUUGUCCCCUUUUGGAAACACUCAGGGUCCAAGUCGAGUAGCCCAGUUCCUUGUGAUCUAUGCUCCAAGGAGGGGAAUACUGGAAGUGUGGAGCACGCAGCAGGGACCUAGAGUAGGAGCUUUCAAUGUGGGAAAGUACUGUAGGCUACUGUAUCCUGGCUAUAAAAUAAUGGGCUUAAAUAAUGUGACCAGCCAGAGUUGGCAGCCACAAACGUACCAGAUCUGUCUUGUUGAUCCAGUGUCUGGAAGUAUGAAAACCGUGAAUGUUCCUUUCCAUUUAGCACUGAGUGAUAAAAAGAGUGAACGAGCCAAGGACAUGCACUUAGUGAAGAAGCUUGCAGUUUUACUGAAAACAAAAUCAUCCAGUUUAGAGUCACUUGAACCUGAAAUAAAGGAAUUAAUUCUUGAUAUUAAAUACCCUGCAACCAAAAAGCAAGCAUUGGAAAGCAUUUUGGCAAGUGAACGCUUACCAGUUUCCUGCCUUCGAAACAUUACUCAGACUUUAAUGGACACUUUACAGAAUCAAGAGCUUGAGUCUGUUGAUGAAGGAUUGCUACAGUUUUGUGAAAAUAAACUAAAAUUGCUCCAUCUGUAUGAGUCUGUCAGCAAAUUAAAUUCUCUUGGUUUCCAUUCAGAUACACCAUUCUCUGAUGCUGAUUUGGCUGUGUUACUACGACUUGAUGAACAAGAACUGCUAAAGCUGCAGUCAUUAUUAGAGAUCUACAAGCAAGAGAACACCAGGACUACUGUCCGAUUCUCUGAUGCUAAGGAUGCUGUGUUGCCUGUAAAAACGUUUCUGGAGCAUUUAGAAUAUGAGAAAGAUGUGAUCAACAUAAAGAAGAUAAAUGAAGAGGAGUAUGUAGCUUUGGGCAGUUUCUUUUUUUGGAAGUGCUUGCAUGGAGAAAGCUCCACUGAGGAUAUGUGUCACACAUUGGAGUCUGCUGGCCUUAGCCCCCAGCUGUUGUUGUCUCUACUCCUGAGUGUUUGGCUCUCUAAGGAAAAAGAUAUUUUAGAUAAACCGCAGUCUGUUUGCUGUCUUCAUACCAUGCUGUCCCUCCUCAGCAAGAUGAAAGUGGCCAUGGAUGAAACCUGGGAUUCCCAGUCUGUGUCCCCUUGGUGGCAGCAGAUGCGUACAGCUUGUAUUCAUUCUGAGAACAAUGGAGCCGCUCUGUUAUCUGCACAUGUCGGUCAUUCUGUGGCUGCACAGAUUUCAAACAACAUGACGGAGAAAAAAUGCAUUUUCUGUUCGUUUUCUCAGACAGUUCUGGAUGCUGACUCAGAGGGCCUUACUGAUUCCUGGGAGGCUCUUUCUCUUGACACUGAAUACUGGAAACUCCUGCUGAAACAACUGGAGGAUUGCCUCAUACUUCAGACUCUACUUCAUAGCAAAGGGAACUCUCGCCCCUCCAAAGUGUCACCGCUGCAGGCUGAGCCACUCCCGAGGCUUUCUGUUAGAAAAUUGUUAGAAGGAGGAAAAGGUGCCAUUGCAGACAGUGUGGCCAAGUGGAUAUUUAAACUAGACGUCAACCCUGAUGUGUUGAAACUGGCUAACAAAGAAAGAACUGUAGAAAACCCUGAUGAACCCAAAGAAGGUAUUAACAGAGAUUCCCUUGAAGUUUUAGAGGUAGACAUGGACUUAGGAGCCAUUCCAGACUUGCUGCAUUUAGCCUAUAAACAGUUUCCUUGCAGCCUUGAGCUAGACGUGCUGCAUGCACAUUGCUGUUGGGAGUAUGUGGUCCAGUGGAAUAAAGACCCAGAGGAAGCACGUUUUUUUGUUAGGUCAAUAGAGCACUUGAAGCACAUUCUAAAUGCACAUAUACAGAAUGGUAUUGCACUGAUGAUGUGGAAUACAUUCUUAGUUAAAAGGUUUUCUGCUGCUACAUACUUGAUGGAUAAGGUUGGAAAAUCACCCAAGGACAGGUUAUGCCGAAGGGACGUAGGGAUGAGUGACACCGCAAUGACAUCUUUCCUUGGCUCCUGCUUGGACCUUCUUCAGACCUUACUGGAGGCAGAUGUUAGCAGGGACGAACUGCCAGUGCCCGUGCUGGACACAGAGGACGCCUGGCUGUCUGGGGAAGGCCCAGUCUCAAUAGUGGAGCUGGCCCUGGAGCAAAAGCACAUUCACUACCCGCUGGUGGAACACCACUCCGUCCUGUGCUCGGUCCUAUACGCAGUCAUGAGGUUUGCGCUGAAGACCGUGAAACCACUUGCACUUUUUGAUAGCAAGGGAAAAAAUGCCUUUUUCAAAGACCUAACAUCAAUUCAAUUAUUACCUAGUGGGGAAAUGGACCCAAACUUUAUUUCUGCGCGACAACAGUUUUUGCUGAAGGUUGUUAGCGCAGCUGUCCAGGCCCAACAUUCAGUUGCCAAGGACAAAGAUCCCACAGAAGCAGCAGUAAGCACUCCUUUUGGGAAAGACCAAGAUUGGCCAGUCCUAGCCGUGGAUUUAGCGCAUCAUCUCCAAGUUAGUGAAGAUGUUGUUAGAAGACAUUAUGUGGGGGAACUCUACAACCACGGAGUUGAUCAAUUGGGAGAAGAGGCCAUUCUACAGGUUCAUGACAAAGAAGUUCUUGCCUCUCAGCUCCUCGUGGUGACAGGGCAGAGGCUGGCUUACACGCUCUUCCACGCCCAGACCAAAGAAGGCAUGGAGCUGCUCGCCAGGCUUCCUCCCAUGCUGUGUACAUGGCUGAAAGCAAUGGAUCCUCAUGGUCUUCAAAACACUUCAAUGCCAAUUGCAACAACUGCAAAAUUAGUAAAUAAAGUGAUUGAGCUUUUGCCCGAAAAUCAUGGGCAGUAUAGUCUAGCCUUGCACCUCAUUGAAGCUGUGGAAGCCAUAUCCAUUCCUUCUUUGUGA